UUCUGAGUGCUAUUAAUGCUAAUGAUAUCAUAUGUAUGCAAUGAUCAUGAAGAUCCUGCAAAACAAAGUGAACUAGACUGGACAAGACGUUACAACAUUAUUGGAGGGAUUUCUCGAGGCAUCCUAUAUCUUCAUCAAGAUUCACGGCUUACAAUCAUACACCGUGAUCUCAAAGCGAAUAACAUUCUCUUAGAUACUUAUAUGAAUCCCAAGAUUGCAGAUUUUGGCAUGGCAAGGAUUUUUGGAGUUGAUCAAAGUCAAGCCGACACUAGACGAAUUGUUGGAACAUAUGGUUAUAUGUCUCCAGAAUACGCUAUGCGUGGCCAUUUCUCCAUGAAAUCUGAUGUCUAUAGCUUUGGAAUUUUGAUUCUAGAAGUAAUAAGUGGCAGAAAAAUUAGCAGUUUCUACGACACUGGUGCCUCUGGUGGCAAUUUGGUCGUACAUGCUUGGAGGCUUUGGAGAAAUGGAUCGCAGUUAGAACUCAUAGAUCCUACAAUAGGAGAGAGUUAUCAAAACAGUGAGGCUAUUAAAUGCAUCCAUAUCGCACUAUUAUGUGUUCAAGAAGAUCCUGCAGAUCGUCCAUUGUUGCCCGCAAUCAUUGUGAUGCUCACUAGUAGCACAGCUACUUUACCUGUGCCUCGAUCACCAGGAUUUUGCCUCCCAAGCAGGCAUGAACUAGACGCUGAUGGCUUGGAGUCUACCCAAUCCACAAGCAGGUCUAUUACUGGUUCUACCAAUGAUGCAUCGGUUACAGAUUUCUAUCCACGUUGAAAAAUAUUUUUUUUCUUGAUAUUUUAAAUGUAGUGAAUCUAAUAGAAAUGGAUAUCAACAUAUUCUCUA